CUUCAUCAAAAAAAAUCUCCUACAAUUCUUUAUUGUUUUUGCUUUCAAUACUCUUGUUUCCAAAUAAAGCACCUAUAUUUACUUAAGUGAUUUCUUGAGCGUUUCUUUUUCUUUUGUAGGUUUUUGACUUGAUCUUAACUUCAGACAUGGCAAAGCAUAAUCCUGAUUUGAUUAUGUGCCGGAAUCAGCCAGGGAUCGCGAUCGGACGGCUCUGCGAAAAGUGCGACGGCAAGUGUGUGAUUUGCGAUUCUUAUGUGCGUCCUUGCACGCUGGUUAGAGUUUGUGAUGAAUGUAAUUAUGGCUCUUUUCAGGGUCGCUGCGUUAUCUGUGGAAACAUAGGUAUUUCAGAUGCUUACUAUUGUAAGGAGUGCUCGCAGCUAGAGAAAGAUCGAGAAGGGUGUCCUAAAAUUGUGAAUCUUGGGAGUGCUAGAACAGAUCAAUUUUAUGAGCGUAAGAAAUAUGGCUUCAGGAGAAGAGGAUAA